CGUGACAAGAAGAGCUGAUAGAUACUGGACAAGAUGUCGGAGAAAACUUGUUGUCAUGGACCCGGCUAUGCCACACCUCUGGAUGCCAUGAAAAAUGGACCAAGAGAGAAAUUACUUUAUACGGUGACAAUUCAACCCAAUCUUGAUGAACCACAUGGAGACUAUCUGUCGACAAUAGAUGUAGACCCCGAGAGCCCAACUUAUUGUCAAAUAAUACACCGCACCUUUACGAAUCGUAAGGGCAAUGAGUUGCACCACUCCGGCUGGAAUGCCUGCUCCAGUUGCUACUAUGUGGACAAAAAUGCCAAAAAGGUGCCGAAGCGAGAUAAACUUGUGUUGCCCGCACUGAACUCUGACUUUAUUUAUGUACUCGAUGUGGCCCGCGAUCCACGUAAGCCCGAAAUUAUAAAGGUUAUCGAUGGAGACGUUUUCAAGAGCCACAAUGUGACGGCGCCACACACGACGCAUUGCCUGGCCAAUGGCAACAUUAUGAUAUCGGUAAUGGGUGAUGCGAAAGGCAAUGCAAAGGGCGAUUUUAUAUUAUUUGACGCUGAGUUCAAUUGCCUGGGAACCUGGACAAAGGGAGACCGCAAGGCGCUAUGUGGAUAUGAUUUUUGGUAUCAGCCAUACUUCGAUGUCAUGGUCUCAUCCGAGUGGGGUGCUCCCAACAAAUUCCGCCGCGGUUGGAAAGAUGAAGAUCUUGAUGAUAAAACGCAGUAUGGCUUCCGGUUGAAUUUUUACAAGUGGUCUACGCAAACUCUGUACCAGACAAUUGAUCUUGGCAUGGAUGGUGCCACUCCACUGGAAAUACGUUUUUUGCAUGAUCCAAAGCGUGCUGAAGGAUUUGUUGGUUGUUGUCUCAAUGCCAGGGUUUACUAUUUUAGCAAGAAACCAGACUCGGAUGAGUUUGAGGCCAAAAAGGUUAUAGACAUACCACACAAAUUGGUUGACACCGGAAGCGGAGUUGUAAAGAAAAUGGGUGGCAUGAUUUCCGAUAUUAUUAUUUCUCUGGAUGAUAAAUACCUUUAUGUCAACUGUUGGCUCCAUGGUGAUCUCAGGCAAUAUGAUAUUAGCAAUCCACAGGAGCCUAAACUUACUGGCCAACUUUUUUUGGGUGGCUCCAUUUGCAGUGAUCUUCCCAAUGUUACUGUAAAGGAGGACAGGGAAUUGCACGAAAGACCUCCCCCUCGCUACAUAAAAGGCCGGCGCCUUGAAGCAGGCCCGCAGAUGAUGCAGCUUUCACUGGAUGGCAAGCGCCUGUAUGUAUCCUCUUCGCUUUACUCACCAUGGGACAAAACGUUCUAUCCGGAGAUGAUUUCCAAGGGCGGUCACAUUUGCCUGAUUGAUAUUGAUGUUGAAAACGGAGGUAUGGCUGUAAAUGAAGAUUUUCUGGUUGACUUUGGUAAGGAACCGUAUGGCCCUAGCUUACCACAUGAAAUGCGUUAUCCUGGUGGAGAUUGCACCUCAGAUAUAUGGCUAGCCAACGACGCUUAAUAUGGCACACUUGAGAAUUCUAUUCAGUACAGUCAUAAUUCAAAAUAUCACCUUAAAUGUCAACUCUGAAGUUUUGCAACCAUAGGAAAUUAUAAAUAGUAUAAAACGACACAAACAAUAAGCAAAUUAUAAUCAACAAUAUCAACUUA